AUGAUGGGCAGCCUGGUGCCCUCGAGCUUCUAUAGACCUUGGGACCAGUGCAAAGCUGGUUUUGGAAAGCUAUCUGGAGAGUACUGGCUGGGUGAGAAUUUACGACACUCACUGACUGUUCAACAUGGGCAUACAUUUUCCACCUUUGACAAAGACCAGGACAUUUGGUCUGGCAACUGUGCAUAGGAAUAUUAUGGGGCAUUUUGGUAUGCUAAAUGCCACCGCUCAAACCCCAAUGGAGUGUACUUAUGGGGGAAAACAAAUCAUUACACUACUGGCACAAAUCAUUACACCACUGGCGUUAUCUGGUUUCAAUGGAAAGGUGAUUAUUAUUCUCUUAAGGCCGUCUUCAUGAAGAUCAGACCAGUGUCUUACCGAGAAACACCAUUAACGAGAAACAACCAGAGGGGUCUCCCAAUGUGUUUUGCAUGGGCUGAGAACCUGCUACUCUGA